UCCGAGCAGUCAUUCUUUCGAAAAUUGUGCCAGCGAGCGGAGCUCAUGUAAAGUGAAAAGUCAAAAAUAAAAAUUCAAAUUCCUCUCUCAGAGUCGUUGUGUGAGACGUGUCCAGUAAAAUACAACUACAACUGCAUCCAUUACGCAGCGUGUCUACCAAUACCCAACAGCGUUCUCGAGUAAAUUCACACACACAGUUCAACAGUUAAAAGUGAAAAAUUCCGCAAUUGUCGCACACACGCACACAUACACAGGCAAACGAGCGAACGAAAAAGCGAACGCCGGUUGUGUGCGCUGACUUGCCGAAAAAAAAGGAAGAGCGAGAAGAAGCAAAGAUCAAGAAGAAGCAAAGAGCAAGCAGAAGCAAAGAGCAAGCAGAAGCAAAGAAAGUUCGAGAAGCAGCAAAGAAGAGACGAAAAAAUGGUCAACGAAUCGAAGCCCACUGUGCCCAAGCCCAGCACCAAGGAGGUGGAGUGCCAGUCAUCCGACUGCGAGAACUCCUGCUCCAUGCCGGAGCAGCAGCUGGUCACCUCCCCGAAGGGCGGUCGUGUGGGUAUCUUCAAUGCCGAGGACUUCUUGUCGCGCGCUCAGAUGAAUGAUAAAAUCAACAACAUUCUGCGCUCGCCCACCAAGCCGGCCAACGGUGUGCGCCAGCGCUCUGUCUACACCAACAAUCCAUCGCCGCAGGCCAGCAUGCGCAUUGGCAUGACGGGCGGACAGCUGUCGCAGCGCGUCAGCAACCUCUCGCUGUCCUCCGGCGGUUGCCGCAUGGAACAACUCGGCAGCGGCAGCAGCAGCAGCCUCACUGGCAGCGCCAGCGUCGGCACCAACACCAUCGGCAACGGGUUGGCCAACGAUCCAGCCUUUGCUUAUCAGAGCGGCAGCCAGUCGGCCCGUCAAUACGUGCACUUGCCCGGUACACACCUGCCCAAACAGCCGCAGUACUCGGCUGGCAAUUUGCAGGGAAUGGAGGCAGCUGGCAACUUGUCGCGCAGUGGUAAGGCACUCACCGCACGCUAUCACACCCCGUCCAGCUAUGGCUUCGAGGGUGAGCAGAUGUAUGGUCAGGCCAAGGGUCAAUUGGCGCCCCCAAUGCCGCCACCACCCUACGCUCUGGGUCGCUGGAGCAGCACACGCCUCUUCGAGUUCGAGAACAAUACACCGUCGCCAUGUCCCGGCCCUGGACCCAUGGCCAUGUCGAAUGGCACCAUACAGUUGCGCCUGCGCGAUGGAGUGCGCAUUGACAUGACGCUGGACAAGGCGGUGCGCGUGCUCAAUCAGCGCAGCAUGGUGGCAGUUGCUUUGUCGCGCAACACCAGCAACUCGGCCAUGAUCCAUCCGAACGGACGCAUCUUGCAGAGCGGCUCCAAGGUCGAAAUUGUCACCUAUGACGGCAUGAAGGGCAACAAUUUUGUUCGCUAUGCCAAGAUGUGGUACAAGGGUGUGAGCUUCACCAGCGAGUCGUGUGCGCUCAUCUAUAUGGUGGACACGGCCGGGACGCGCACCACAACCGACACUUUCACCGAUCUGACCAAGGACUACACACUGGCAGUGUUCUAUGACGACUCUCGCCAUGGUCCCUCUUAUGUGGCUGAAGCCCAUGAAGUGAUUGCCAAUGCGUCUUACAGCUGUGCCGAGGAUGGCACCGAGAUCUAUGACAUCAACGGAUUUCGCAUCACCCAGGCAGCCGAUGGCCUGGUGAAGGUCACACGCGUCUACAACAAGUGCCUGAUCCGCACCAGUCCUGGCAAUGGAUCGGCCACUUUGACCACACCGGGCAUCCAUUGCACCGCCUCUCUGGGCAAGACUUCGCAUCUGUUUGUGCGUCGCAACGAGAAGCGCAUGCACUUUGAUGGCUCCUGUUUCAUUGUGCGCAACGCUGGCCACUCCGCCGGCUUCAAUGAGAACAAUUUGCUCAUUGUCUACUGAGGAGCAUGCACACACACACACACACACA